AUGCGACGUUUUCUUCUUGGUACAAAUUGUCCUAAUUUAAGUGGACUUGAAUUGCACGUCAGUUUGAGUAGUUUCACUAAUUGUCUUUAUUUACUUGAUGAACAUUUCAAUCAACUACGUACAUUUUAUAUUAAUAUUUCUACAAUUACUUCACGUUUAAAAGUCAAUAAUAAAGGAUUAUUUGGAUGUGUUCGUGAAAUAUCAUUAUUUGAUGAACGAUCUUUUGAAUAUGAAUUUUUUCUUCGUAUUGCUCAAUCAUUUCCAUUGAUCGGAGAAUUAACUUUAAUUAAUGAAAAACUACAAAAGCAUAAACAAUGUAGAAAAUCAAAAGAUGAUGAGCAAGAUAUCUCGAUUGUUAAAUAUCCUCAUCUUACUUAUCUUAAUCUAUAUGGAAUUCAUGAGGAUUAUAUCGAAUAA